AUGACACUGGAGAGGCAGAGAGGAGUGACCGCAGAGGCAGAGAGGUGGGCGGGCUGGCCCAUGGCUGAGACUUCGCUCCCAAAGCUGGGGGGAGAUGCUGAAGCCACGCCUUGCCCCAGCAUCCUGGAGCUGGAGGAGCUCUUGAGGGCAGGGAGGGGCUCUUGCAACCGCGUGGACGAAGUUUGGCCCAACCUUUUCAUAGGAGAUGCGGCCACGGCAAAUAACCGCUUUGAGCUGUGGAAGUUGGGCAUCACCCACGUGCUGAACGCCGCCCAUGGGGGCCUCUACUGCCAGGGCGGCCCUGACUUCUACGGCAGCAGUGUGACCUACCUGGGCGUGCCAGCCCACGACCUCCCCGAUUUCGACAUCAGUGCCUAUUUCUCCUCUGCAGCCGACUUCAUCCACCGUGCCCUCAGCACACCUGGGGAUGGGGAAACAGGCCUAGAAUACAAGGUCAUGCUGCAAGUUAGAAGCAGCCCUGGGGCUGGAAGCUGUGUCUCCCAAACAGCAAAGCGGUUCUUUCUCUGCAACACUCAGCCUUGGGAAAUCACCAUUUGCCAAGGUCCUGGUGCAUUGUGUGGUGGGCGUGAGCCGCUCAGCUACGCUGGUCCUGGCCUACCUGAUGCUGCACCAGCAGCUGUCCCUGCGCCAGGCAGUGAUCACCGUGAGGCAGCACCGAUGGGUCUUCCCCAAUCGAGGCUUCCUCCACCAGCUCUGCCAGCUGGACCAGCAACUGCGGGGUGCAGGCCGGAGCUGAGGGACCAGAGCUGGUCCUUACCCUGUGCCAUGGGGCUCUGCCAUUUUGCUCCUCUGGCACUGGCCCUGCUGGGACUGCUGGAGGCACUGACCCACGUGGAUGCCAGGAAGAUGGUGAGAGGCCAGUGCGGGGUCUGCCCUAGAGCCUGCUACUCCAUCUGUUUCCUCCUGUUGCCUGCACCCCCUCUCAGCCACUGUCUUCAAUCCCCACAGAAACAGCAUCAAGUGUGCAGAGACAGGCGGCUAGAAGCCGGCAGCAUCAACUGCCUGUCAGAAGAGACCACGGCCUGGGCCAGAAACCCCCACAGGAUGGACUCGCUGCAGAAGCAGGAUCUCCGGCGGCCCAAGAUCCACGGGGCAGUUCGGGCAUCCCCCUACCAGCCACCCACACUGGCCACGCUGCAGCGCUUGCUGUGGGUCCGUAGAACGGCCGUGCUGAGCCACAUCGAUGAGGUCUGGCCUGGCCUCUUCCUGGGAGACGCGUACGCAGCCCGGGACAAGAGCAAGCUGACGCAGCUGGGCAUCACCCACAUUGUGAACGUUGCUGCAGGCAAGUUUCAAGUGGACACGGGUGCCAAGUUCUACCGCGGAAUGCCCUUGGAGUACUACGGCAUCGAGGCCGAUGACAACCCCUUCUUUGACCUCAGUGUCUACUUUCUGCCUGUCGCUCAAUACAUCCGAGCUGCCCUCAGUGUUCCACAAGGCCGCGUGCUGGUACACUGUGCCAUGGGGGUAAGCCGCUCUGCCACACUUGUCCUGGCCUUUCUCAUGAUCUGCGAGAACAUGACGCUGGUAGAGGCCAUCCAGAUGGUGCAGGCCCACCGUGACAUCUGCCCCAACUCGGGCUUCCUCCGGCAGCUCCAGGUUCUGGACAACCGGCUGGGGCGGGAGACGGGACGGCUCUGACCCGCAGGCAGCCAAGAGCCCUGACCCUCCAUCCAGCACGGCCUGACCUGACCAGCCUGGCCCUGGGGAUGGCAGCCUCUGCUGUUUCCAGUGACCCUGAGAUGUAAACAGCAAGGUUCAGCUGAGGCAGAGGCAGGGGGAGCCUGGGUGUGCCCUUCAGCAGGGGUAUUUCCCUGACCCAACCCAGAGAUUCUUUAUGCAAAAGAGAGUUCAGUCUGUCUCUGUAAUAAAAGGUUCAUUGUAAUAAA